AUGACAAAGUCCGCUCCUGCGGAGCCGAAGUCCGCCCCUGCAGAGCCGGAGCCUGCGCCGGCAGCGGUCCAGUCGUCGCCGGAGGAGCUGCCGACCCCGCUGCCGCUCGUCCGCCGUCCGCGGGCGGAGCAGGUGGUGGCGGCGGCGACGGCGCCCCAUCGGCAGAUCCGCGCCCCUGGCGAUGGCAUAUUCCUGCUGGUGGUGCACGUGGCCGGCCGCGACCAGGCGGCGUCGCCGCGGCCGCUGAACGUGACCGUGCAUCUGGAGAUGCGUGGCGCCCACGGCUACCUGUCGGCCGCCGACUGGCCGUACCUGCCGUUCUACUCGGUCAUGUGCGCCGUGUACGUGCUGUACGGACUCGGCUGGCUGGUGGUGUGCUCCCGACAAUGGCGCGAGCUGCUGCGCAUCCAGUUCUGGAUCGGCGGCGUCAUCGCCAUCGGCAUGCUGGAGAAGGCGGUGUUCCUGGCCGAGUACGAGUCGGUCAACAGGACCGGGCGCAGCGUGUGGGGCGCUGUGGUGUUCGCCGAGAUCGUCUCGUGCGCCAAGCGAGCUCUCGCGCGUAUGCUCGUCAUCAUCGUCUCGCUCGGCUUCGGCAUCACCAAGCCGCGCCUCGGCCCGCUGCUGCACCGCGUCAUGGCCGUCGGCUUCAUCUUCUUCAUGUUCGCCUCGAUUGAGAGCUGCACGCGCGCGCUGCGGCCCAAGAACGACAUGUCGGGCGGCACGCUGGGCACCUCGGUGGUGCUGGCGCUGCUCGACUCCGGCAUCUGCUGGUGGGUGUUCUCGGCGCUGCUCAGCACAACGCGCACCCUCCGACUCCGCAGGAACGAGGUGAAGCUGACGCUGUACCGUCACUUCACCAACACGCUGAUGCUGUCCGUGCUGGCCUCGGUCGGCUUCAUGGUGUGGUCGGUCAAGUUCCACCGGACUGUCGGCUGCCUGCGCCAGUGGAAGAACCUGUGGGCGGACGAGGCGUGCUGGCACAUCCUCUUCUCCAUGAUCCUGCUGGUCAUCAUGCUGCUCUGGAGACCAACAAACAACAACCAGAGGUACGCGUUCACACCGCUGCUGGACGCCGGCGACGAGGACGAAGAGGACGAGCUGUUCCGCUCGGACGCCUACCACGACCUGAAGCUGCGCUCGCGCGGCCAGAGCUCGCCCAGCGGCUCGCGCGCCAACUCGCGCCGCUCGCGCAACGACUCGGACGAGGACCUCAAGUGGGUGGAGGACAACAUCCCGGCCUCGCUGUCCGAGACGGCGCUGCCCGUCGUCGACUCGGACGAGGAGGUGAUGCAGGCCAAGUUCGAGAUCAGCAAGAUGCAGUAGCGCCGCCGGGUCCGCUGGGCGGUGGCGCGGCGGCGUGUCCGGCGUGUCCGGCGUGUCCGGCUGUGUCCGGCGUGUCCGGCUGUGGCGGACGCCAGCCGGGUCGGGACUCGGGUGCGCUCGUGACCCGGCGCGGCCGCGGCCUCCCGGGCGAGCAGGGGCGUGAUCAGGCAGUUCAGGGCGGGGGCGGGUCUCGGCCCGCGCUGGGUC